AUGGCUUGCAGGGAGAUUAAUUUCCCGGCCUGCAGUUUGUGCUUGAAGGACAAAGAUCAAGUUCCUCCAUUUAUUGAACGAAGAUGGAGGGGUCAGCAGCAGCAGCUCCCGUCUUCAGCAUCUUGCUGUGUAACUCAGUCUUCUCCUCAGAUACCUCAGAUUGUGUAUGAGGAUCCUGAAGUUGGUGGAAGGAAUCGCUACAAAUAUUUUGCACGACCUCUCAGCUCAUCUAAUAAGCUGCUUCCAGUAAAUGUUCCAUUAGAUGUUGCUCACCUGAUGACAAAGACAGAGCCAUCUGUACAUUCAGCUACAGAAGACACAGAGGUCUUUGGCCCCAAUUUACGAAGUUUGGGUACACAGACGGAUUACAGGGAUGGUGAAGCCCAGACAGAUCCUUAUUCCCCUGAAUAUAUAGUUACCAGUGGCUCAGUCCCUGAACUUCUGACACUUGCUACGCUCACUUGGGGUCGGGGGCUCCCAGCAGGACUGGCCGAGGUGGAGAUGAUUGAACGUGCUCGGGAAAAACGUGCAUGGGAAGCAGCUCUUCCAGCCAUGGACAGCCCCUCACAAAUCACGAAGAGGAAGAAAAUGAUGGAUGAAAUGGAAAGGAAGGAGUGGGUCUUCAGAGAACAGGAAAUAGAAGAGUUGCAGGAGGUUCAACUUGAAGUCUUAAAGAAGCUGCUGAGGAGGCGAGAGGAGAGUCAGAAUGAGCUGAAUGCCAAGCGCUUGCAUGACCAGUGGCAAAAUCAUCAGAAGGCUAAAGAAGAGAAAAUAAAAAAGAUUCAGCAUGGCUGUGCAUUGUUGCUCAGGAAACUGAUAGCUAAGAGGAAGAAUGUGUUGGGAAAGCUGGAGAGACGAGGUAUCUUCAAAGAGUAUACUGACUUUUCAGCACGAACAGAUGCUCCUUUGUCUAGAAUUGGGUUUUCCCCAGACAACCAUUCUGACUGCUAUGUGGUAAAAAACUUCUAUCUUAACACCUUUGCAGGACUGUGUGAGCUGGAAGCAUCUCUCCCACGUUCUGUCACUCAGGUCAAGAUUAAAGCUCCAAAACCUAAUCGGCUAACCAAAAGUGGCUUUCUUAGAAGAUCAGCAAGGCUAGAGAUGGACCUGGCACUAGUUCACCAGGCACUACUGGAGAAGAAGAACAAAAUCAAGGAGCCAGAGAAGCCCCUCCCUUCCUGUAAAAAAGAGGAAAAGCCUGUUCCUCAGCCACCCAUUCCAGUCCUGGAAAAACCAUCAAUUGAGGAAGAGGAAACAGAGCUGGCAGUGAUCUGUCUGCAGAAGUUGCUCCGAGGCAGGGCUAUUCAGAAGAUGAUGUUUGAAGGGAAGGAGAAGCGAAUGGAUCUGAUCCAAGAGCUGCGCACCACUCAUGCACUCCAGGAGGAUGGACAGCUGCUCUUGAAGGCAGAGAAGGAAAUGACACUGGCUCUACAGCAACAGCAUGACUUGCAAAUGCACAAGAUGUCAUCAGUGGAAAACAGCUUGGCCCAGGUAGAAGGAAGGACACUGGGAAACAUCCUUGAUUUUCUGUCCAAAGAGCUGGUCAGGCUGCAAGAAGAACGGAAGAUCCAUGCUUUUGUCAUGCUGGCUGAGAGGCAGAGGCAGAUGCGGGAAGCAGAGGAGAGUGGACGUCGUCAGGUGGAAGAGAGGCGGCGCCGGGAAGAAGAUGACAUUUUCAGACAGGUGGUGAACGUGCAGCAGAGAACUAUUGACUCCUACUUGGAAGACAUUAUCCUGAGUGGCAUAGAGAACACAGCUGAAGGACAAGCCAGGGAAGAGGUUCAGAGAAUGGCUGUAGAAAUCAAUGACAUUGCUUACGAAAUAGAAAGUCGUCGAACUCGCUUACAGUCAGAAGAGAUUGUAGCAGAGCUGGUUUAUGAUUUCCUGAUUCCAGAAGCUGAGAAAUGGUCUAUGAGAGAAAGAGUGAGGCAGUCCCAAAGAAAACACCUCUGUGCUGCUCAUCAGAUCAUCCACAGGGGCACAGAGAGGGUUUUGGCUGAUCUGGCACGACAUCAGGAGACAUCUGCCAGCGAGACAGAGGGAGUCCCUCCUGCUGGGACAGCUGCUGGACCAAGUGCAGCUGACAGCACUUGCCUGACCACAAUUGCAUGCGAACUAGAUAAACUUGUGUUUGAAGAAAGCCCAGGAGAGACAGAAGUGAACCCUUCUGAUAGAUCAGACAAGGAUCCCACAGCCUUCUAG